AAUUAAAGCACCUUCAACCUGCCAACACACGACUGCACAAAGGCCUCUCUCUCUCUCAAAUUCAUCACUCGCCGGAUCUGAGUUUUGUUCCAAAUAGACAGAGUUGGAUCUCUCCCCACACAAUCUCCCACAGUUGCCUUGCCUUGCAUACGUUUAUACACUUCAGCCGACAGUAGAAGAUUCGCGCCUGAUAAAUUGAGCCGGGCCCCCAGCUUGCUAUGGAUCGGUCUUUGUGAACCGGAUUUCCAUGGCAGGUGGCAGACAAUGAGCAGAGCCGGAGAAGAGGAAGACAAUGAGCGCUUUCACGACUCUCUCGACCGUCUCCUCUCUUCUUCCAACACUUCCUGCUCUUGCUCCCCCUCAAACUCCGACGAUGAAUGCACUUCCGAUUUCACCCGGACCGUGCCCAAAUUCCCCCUCGGCGUCUCCCGGAACUACGACGUUUGGGUUUCCCAGCCGUCUUCUGUCGAGGAGCGGCGGCUCCGCCUCCUCCGCCGGAUGGGCCUCACUGGUGACCCUUCCCUCCUCCGCCAUCGCCCCUCCCUUUCCUUCUCCCUCUCAGAGGAUACAUUUUACAGCACAAAUAGCAGUUAUUCGAAAACCCUCGAUUGCACUAGUAAUUGCGUCAAUGGUUGUGAUGAUAGCAAUAAUUGUAAUGGUAGAGCUUUUGGGAUGGUCCGGUCCAAAUCAGAUGGGGGCUGUGAAUCACGCAGGAGUUUUCAAGAUGUUUCGGCUUCAGGUGAAGUUGCUGUUGACGUAAAUAAUGAUGAUAAGAGGAACUGUACAGGCUCUCCCUAUAAACCCCCCAAAGUGAAGUCUAAUAUCGAUGGUUCCAACCAUAACCGGAGCUUUAGUGAUGCACACCCACCUCGUGCAAGUGAUGAAGAGCUUUGUUGGAGCCUGGAGUGUAAUGGGGUUGAGAAUGUUAAUAGAAUGUGUAAGAUAAAGAAUCUCGACAAUGGGAAAGAGUUUGUGGUGAAGGAGACGAGGGAAGACGGGACUUGGAAAAAGAUAAAGGAAGUGAGAACCGGGCGUCACUUGACGACUGAGGAGCUCUCGUCUGAGAUGUUUGUCGGGACUUCACCAAUCGUGCAAGAGCUGAUGAGGAGACAGAAUUUCGAGGAUAGGGACAAGGAUGGCUUGAAUUCAAAUGCGGAUUGUGAUGUGUCUAAGUCGAAGAAGAGGAGUAAUUGGCUGAGGAGUAUGAAAAAUGUGGCAAAUUCAGUCACUGGUCACAAGGAGAGAAGGAGUAGUGAUGAGAGGGACACCUCGUCUGAGAAAGGCGGGAGAAGGUCGAGUUCUGCCACUGAUGAUAGCCAGGAUGUUUCCUUUCAUGGGCCUGAGAGAAUUAGGGUCAAGAAUUAUGGUAAGCCGGUUAAAGAGCUUACGGCACUUUACAAGAGCCAGGAAAUACAGGCCCACAAGGGGUCGAUUUGGGCGAUUCAGUUUAGUUUGGACGGGAAAUAUCUGGCCAGUGCCGGUGAGGACCGUGUGAUUCAAGUGUGGCAGGUUGUGGAGACUGAAAGGAAGGAGGAUUUCUUUUUCCAUAAAUUGGAAGAUGGGAAUUUCAAUCUUUUGUUUCUAGGAAAUGGGUUGUCCGUGCCAUCAUCGAUGUCACCGAAUUUGGAUGCACACUCGGAGAAAAAGAAGAGGGGGAGGAGAUUGUCCAUAGGCAGGAAAUCCGUGAGCUUUGAACAGAUUUUGGUACCCGAGACCAUAUUUGGCCUUUCAGAAAAACCUCUGUGUUCGUUUCACGGGCAUUUAGAUGAUGUGCUGGAUAUCUCAUGGUCCAAGUCUCAGCAACUACUUUCAUCAUCAAUGGAUAAAACUGUGCGCCUCUGGGAUCUGUCUAGCAAGUCUUGUUUAAAGAUCUUUUCACACAGUGAUUAUGUAACGUGCAUCCAGUUUAAUCCAGUUGAUGAUAGAUAUUUCAUCAGUGGAUCUCUAGAUGCCAAGGUGCGGAUAUGGAGCAUUCCUGAUCGCCAAGUCGUUGAUUGGAAUGAUUUGCAUGAAAUGGUCACUGCAGCUUGCUACACACCAGAUGGACAGGGGGCAAUAGUUGGUUCGUACAAGGGUAGUUGUCGUUUGUACAGCAUAUCAGAAAAUAAAUUGCUCCGGAAAAGCCAGAUCAAUCUGCAGAAUAGGAGAAAGAAAUCUCAUCAGAAGAAAAUAACUGGUCUUCAGUUUGCACCUGGAAGUACAUCAGAAGUGCUUGUGACUUCUGCAGAUUCCAGAAUUCGAGUCAUAGAUGGUGUCGAUCUUGUUCACAAGUUCAAAGGGUUUCGUAACGCGAACAGCCAAAUAUCAGCCUCCCUCACUUCCAACGGAAAAUACGCAGUCUCUGCAAGUGAGGACUCAUAUGUUUACAUAUGGAGACAUGAAGCCGAGUCCCAGCCAAACAGAACCAAUGGUGUGACGGUGACUCAAUCUUAUGAGUUUUUCCACUGUCAAGAUGUAUCUGUGGCAAUCCCUUGGCCAGCUGGCUCGUCUGACAAGUGGGCCCUCCAGGAUUGUCCUGUUGGAGGACAAAAUGGUAAUUAUUAUCAUUAUAAUGAAUACCAUCCCACUACACCAGCUGGGGAGACCAACUGCAGCGAAGGUAAUAGCACUCUCAAUGGACAUUUAUCUUGUGCCUCAAACGGCUACUUUUUUGAUAAAAUCUCCAUGACAUGGCCUGAGGAGAAACUUCUCUCGGCUACUGCUAAGAACGGAAGUCCUCGAGUUAGUGUGGACUUUUCAAAUGGGUUGUAUCAGAACAGGUCUGCGUGGGGUAUGGUUAUAGUAACUGCAGGCCUUAAAGGUGAAAUCAAGACAUUCCAGAAUUUCGGGACACCCUUGCGGAUUUGAAAAGCUGUUUUAGGAGUCCUAAACCCAGGUUAGCAAAAUUUGUACAGAUAUUCAGAGGGUGUGUAAAAUUAGUGAGUUUUUUUUUUUCUUUUUUUU